CAGUAUCGACAGUCUCUUCCUAGCUGUGGCAGUCUCAGGUCACAAUAAUUGUUAUAUUCAGGUACGACAGGAAACAGUAAUAAGCAAACAAAAUGUGUGACGACGAUGCUGGAGGUCUUGUUGUGGAUAACGGAUCCGGAAUGGUAAAGGCCGGUUUCGCUGGUGAUGAUGCUCCACGUUCCGUGUUUCCAUCGAUCGUUGGUCGUCCCCGUCACCAGGGUGUGAUGGUCGGUAUGGGCAACAAGGAUUCGUACGUCGGUGAUGAGGCUCAAUCUAAGCGUGGUAUUCUUACUCUGAAAUACCCGAUCGAACAUGGAAUCAUCACCAACUGGGAUGAUAUGGAGAAGAUUUGGCAUCACACCUUCUACAAUGAGCUGCGUGUUGCCCCAGAGGAGCACCCGAUCCUGCUGACCGAAGCUCCACUGAACCCGAAGGCUAACCGUGAGAAGAUGACUCAGAUCAUGUUUGAAACCUUCAACUCGCCAGCCAUGUAUGUCGCCAUCCAGGCUGUCCUGUCCCUGUAUGCCUCCGGUCGUACCACCGGUAUUGUUCUGGAUUCCGGAGACGGUGUUUCGCACACUGUCCCAAUCUAUGAAGGUUAUGCUCUGCCACAUGCCAUCCUCCGUUUGGAUUUGGCCGGUCGUGAUUUGACUGCCUACCUCAUGAAGAUCCUGACCGAACGCGGUUACUCUUUCACCACCACCGCCGAGCGUGAAAUCGUUCGCGAUGUGAAGGAAAAACUGUGCUACGUGGCUCUGGACUUCGAGCAGGAAAUGGCCACUGCUGCCGCUUCUACUUCACUGGAAAAGUCCUAUGAACUUCCUGACGGUCAGGUCAUCACCAUCGGUAACGAGCGUUUCCGUGCUCCGGAGGCCCUGUUCCAGCCAUCCUUCUUGGGAAUGGAAGCUGCCGGUGUCCAUGAGACUGUGUAUAACUCGAUCAUGAAGUGCGAUGUCGACAUCCGUAAGGAUCUGUACGCCAACACUGUCAUGUCCGGUGGUACCACCAUGUACCCAGGUAUUGCUGAUCGUAUGCAGAAGGAAAUCACCGCUCUGGCUCCAUCGACCAUCAAGAUCAAGAUCAUCGCCCCUCCGGAGCGUAAGUACUCCGUCUGGAUCGGUGGAUCUAUCCUGGCCUCCCUGUCCACCUUCCAGUCGAUGUGGAUCUCCAAGGAGGAAUACGAUGAAUCUGGACCAUCCAUCGUCCACCGCAAGUGCUUCUAAAUCGGUUGCAUAAUACCACGGCAACGAAUGGCAGCAGGCGCGACACCAGCUUCAACAUCGAUAUAGAUGUUUCAUGUGUAGCACAUUCGUUGUGAAAUGUAAUUUUCAUUGAUAAAUAUCAAUCGAAACAAACAUCAAAGCGAUAUGUAAACAUCUCAUUUCAGUCACGAAAUCUUCCAAUAGAUUUUUAAGACGUUCACAAAAGCUUAGAUUUAAUAACAAGUAAGGGGUAAACACUAUUUUCGUUAUUCUAUGGAUCUGUAUUAAAAAAAUUAGAUUUGAAAA